AUUACCCGCGAUUGAGGAUUGAAGUUUGAGUUUUAUUUGUUUAAGUUCUUAGCACAACCACAGAGGGCACAUUGUACGGAGGCAUGACUCGUAAACGAAGGAAUCAUGGUAGGUCGAAGAAAGGCCGAGGUCAUGUUGGCUUCAUACGUUGUACAAAUUGUGGUCGAGCAUGUCCUAAAGAUAAAUCUGUAUGGAAACUAGUGACACGAAGUAUGGUAGAAGCCGCCGCCGUUAAAGAUUUGGAAGACGCGUCGGUGUAUGGCAAAAACUACGCCGUCCCCAAAUUGUACGUCAAACUUCAAUACUGUAUCAGUUGUGCCAUCCACAGUAAAGUUCUUCGAAAUCGUAGUCGGGAAUCAAGGCGUCUCAGAAGGAUUAUAGUUAAACCUCGGGUUAAGUUCACACGCCCUAUUGCUCCAAGGGCAUGAUUGCAUGAAUAAAUUUUUAUUCAUUGGACUUUGCCUUUUGAUUUUUGUCAGAAAGUUGUGUUUGUUGGUCAAAAUCCGUCACUCCUAUUAUUCCUGACAUGAAUGCGUAUGGUUUAUUUGGUCUCAGAAUUCCUAUCUGUUGUUUAGAGUAAACAUUUUUUACUAGGCAGUUGUCAUUCAUUCGAUUGUAUUCGUUGUUUCGUAAAUACAUUGUUCUUUAAGAUGUUGACAUAUAA